UGUCAGCCAAUCACAGAGCUCAGAGGUGAUGUCAUGGCGAGAGCGAGCAGUGGUGCUGAUGUGGAGAGAAGCCCAGGGUACCACUAAUUGAGGGAGUGAGGAAGGAAGCACCUCGCCUGAACAGGACCGCAGAUUUGUGACAGCGUCCUGAGCUGGUGACAGACCUACUCUGUGACUUUCAGCCAGAUUCAGCCCUCACAUUCCUGAAAACAUGACUCUCGCUGCCUACAAAGAGAAGAUGAAGGAGCUCCCACUGGUGUCCUUGUUCUGCUCCUGUUUUCUGGCUGAUCCUCUGAAUAAAUCAUCCUAUAAAUACGAAGGCUGGUGUGGGAGACAGUGUAGGAGGAAAGAUCAAAGCCAGCGGAAAGACAGUGCUGACUGGAGAGAAAGAAGAGAGCAGGCAGACACAGUGGACCUGAACUGGUGUGUAAUUUCCGACAUGGAAGUCAUCGAGCUGAACAAAUGUACCUCGGGCCAGUCCUUUGAAGUCAUCCUGAAGCCACCUUCCUUCGAUGGGGUCCCCGAGUUCAAUGCCUCCCUACCCAGGCGGCGAGACCCAUCACUGGAAGAGAUCCAGAAGAAACUAGAAGCAGCUGAGGAGCGAAGAAAGUACCAGGAAGCUGAGCUCCUGAAACACCUAGCAGAGAAACGAGAACACGAGCGGGAGGUGAUCCAAAAAGCCAUUGAGGAAAACAACAAUUUCAUCAAGAUGGCUAAGGAAAAACUGGCCCAGAAGAUGGAAUCCAAUAAGGAAAACCGGGAGGCCCAUCUUGCCGCCAUGUUGGAACGGCUGCAAGAGAAGGAGCCGCCUGCUGCGCGGUGACUCCCGGGACCCGAUCGGUGGCCUCGUCCCAUGGACAAGCACGCGGAAGAGGUGCGGAAAAACAAGGAGCUGAAGGAAGAGGCCUCCAGGUAAAGCCCAGAGGCCAAAGAAGUUUCCAGAACAGCCGGACAGCUCCAGCAGCUCCGCAGUUCCCGAGGCAGCCUCGUCCGCCGCGGGCUGCUCUCCCAGCACUGGGGUUUGGGGGGGAGGGGGGUGGCCAGGGGUGUUUCCUCUGCUUUUGGUGUUUGUACAUGUAAAGAAUUGACCAGUGAAGCCAUCCUAUUUGUUUCCGGGGAACAAUGAUGGGGUGGGAGAGGGGAGAGAAGGAGAGACCUUGGGAAAGAAGAUGGAGAAGGACUCACGGACAUUGCAACCCUGCCCACCGCAGACUCAGGUCAAGUCCUUGGCUUUUCUUCGCGGUGAAUGUCCAGGCACCAUGUUGAGGGAGGCUGCAAACGGGGCAGAGUCCGGGGUGGGGCAGCGGCUGCAGGCCCCUGCGGGGGAAGCCCAGGGAGAGGGUGGGGGGCCCCCGGACGUGUUGCUUCCGCCCUGCAACAGGUGGGAUGAGGUCCGAGUGUGUGUGUAUUAACCAUCAUCUUUUGAUCAUCAUGACCAACGAAAUAUUUACUCCAGGUC